AUGUCAACCGCGUCGCCUUCUCCGCCGAUCUAUCGCGCGCGGUAUCGCGCGACGAAUGUGGUGCACUACGGAGAAAGCGCUUUGUCUUCUUCAUCCGAUGAUGACGACGAGAAGGACGAAGACGUCCCGUGGCGAACGAGAGGACGGGAGGACGAGAAGCGGGAGAACAAGAAGCAAAACACGAAAAAAAAGAAGCGCACGUUGCAAAAGAAAUCCGCGAAGGAGUUUGAAACGAUGCUUUUGCAAUCGGCGGAGAAAGAAGGUGGACGUUUGGGACCGUCAGAGAGGGAAAAAAUGAAAAGGAAACGAGAAAAAGAGGAAAAACAAAAGAUGCUUUUGAAAUAUGCAAAAUCGAAUACGAAUGGGCGCGGUGGCAACGGCGGUGGUGGCAACGGUUCGGUACAGGCGUUUGAUGAGGAGGAGAAUUCGGACGACGACGAUGAAGAGUACGACGCGGCGACGCGCGUCUCGGCGAGAGAAAGCCGAAAGCGUACUAAGACGGGGAAGAGCGACGUGCGCGGGAAGAAAGGGAAGAAGCGGCAAGAGGAUUCUUCGGAUUCGGAACCGAUGGCGGCGAUAAAACGCGUGAAGGAAGUUCCGCAGAGGAGUCCUCCGAGGUACGCGAGAAGGAAAGCGGCGCCGGCGGUGUUUAAAGAUAUCAGCUCGGACGACGAGGCGUUUUUUGAAACGAGUUCGGAAGAAGAGGGUGAAAGCAGCGAGGAGGAGGACGACGACGACGGGAGCGACGAUAGCGACGAUAGGGAGGGACGGAUAAAGAAAAAGAACAAGAACAAGAAGAGCAGUAAUAAAACGAAGACCAAAAGCGAUAAUAUGGAAGAAGCGAUGGAGGAGGCAUAUAAGAUUGAGAAAUUGUUAGGAUGUCGAAAAGCAUCCUCGAAAGUAGGCGUAAGCGGCGAGAUGGAAUACUUAGUCAAGUGGAGUUAUUAUUCGUACAGAGACUUGGAAUGGAUGCUCGCGAGCACUUUGAAUAGUAUAGGCGAGAGCUCGAAGGUAACCGCGUACAAAAGAAAGUUUGGGGGCGCGCCGAGCCCGGAUCCGGACGAUUUGUUUCCGAGGGAGUAUUUGGAAAUUGAAAGGAUUUUCGCGACGAAGGAAAGCGAGGAGUGGGUGGAAUAUGAGGAGGACGACGAGGGGGUAAAGGAGGAGGAUAGCGAGAUUCAAAUUAUCCACGACGACAACGACGACGACAACGACGACGACGAAAAGGAGACUAAAGAGACGACAACCAAACUUGAAAUGGUGAGAUACUAUUAUUGCAAGUGGAAGAGUUUGAAUUACUCGAGCGCGACGUGGGAGCCGAUGUCGAGGUUGACGAGCGAAGAAGAUCUGAAAGAAAUUGCCCGCUUUGAAGCGUUUUCAGAUCCAUCGCCUCCCGAUAGCUCGUUGAUGCAAAAAGAAACCGCUCAUUUAUUGAAGACGAGACAUAAGUUUAAAGAUACGACCGGAUCACUCGAUCCAACCAUCCCGGAGUUUAAAAACGGCAUGCGUUUGAGGGACUACCAAGAAUCCUCCUUUCGGUGGAUGGUGACGAACUUUUACAAGAGGAAAAACGUCAUUUUAGGCGAUGAAAUGGGUUUAGGUAAAACGGCGCAGACCAUAGCAGUCUUAGAAUACGCUAGAAGAUACAAAUCCAAGUGUCGACCGUCGUUUUGCGUCGUCGCGCCGCUUUCAACGUUGACGCAUUGGCGGCGAGAAAUUGAGAAAUGGACCGAUAUGAAUGCGAUUAUCUUCAACGGCAACGUCGACGACAGAGAUAAGUGCGAAAAGUACGAGUUUUGGUUAAACAAAGAAGCGGGAGAGGUAAAGUUUGACGUUCUUUUAAUCUCCUAUGAAAACAUUCUAAGACACGGCAAUACGGCUUUGAAAGAUUUUGCGUUUGAAGCGCUCGUGGUGGACGAGGGACAUCGUUUGAAGAACAUCGAAAACGCAACCACGCGAUCGAUUUUAUCCAUGAAAUACGACUGGAUGCUCAUGUUGACCGGGACACCGAUUCAAAAUAAUGUCAAGGAGUUGUUUGGUUUGAUGCACGUUCUCGCGCCAAAAAGUUAUCCAGACUGGGAGACGUUUGUCGACGAGUUCAGCUUGGAUCCCGACAACGCGGCGAGUAUAAAUCAUCAGCCGACGGCGGAACAAGUUAUGUCUAUACGAGAGGCGUUGAAACCGAGAAUGUUGAGACGAUUGAAAGAUGACGUAGAGAAGAUUCCCGCGAAGGAGGAAAUUGUGGUGAGAGUAGAGUUGUCCGCGCAACAACGCGGCUAUUACACCGCUGUUGCUGAGAAGAACAUCGGCGUCUUGCUCGAAGGCGCCAAGAGUAAAAACACGCCGCAGUUGAGAAACAUAUGCAUGGAGCUCCGAAAAGUGUGCAACCACCCGUUCUUGUGCGACGGAUUGGAGGACGAUUACAUUCAAAGGUGCCGGUUGGCGUUGAAGGAAGGCGAAGAGAUGCCGUCGCAACUGGACCUUCUGACGCAAAGUUCGGGGAAAAUGAGCUUUCUCGGGAAACUGUUGUCAAAGUUGAAACAGGACGGGAGCAAAGUUUUGAUUUUCUCGCAGUUUAAACGCGUGUUGGACAUUUUACAAGAUUAUUUGUUCUUGCUGAAUUUACCCUGCGAACGUUUAGAUGGCGACACCGCGGUGCAACAGCGCCAGGAAGGUAUCGACCGAUUCAACGAUCCCGAGCAAGAUUCGUUUGCAUUUUUACUCUCCACGAGAGCCGGCGGGGUUGGAAUCACGCUCACAGCGGCAGAUACUGCAAUUAUUUUCGACUCGGACUGGAAUCCUCAGAACGAUUUACAAGCUAUGGCGAGAUGUCAUCGCAUCGGACAAACGAAAGAGGUGAAAGUCUACCGCUUAGUCACCAACGGAACGUACGAGUACGAACUGUUCCAAUCGGCGUCUCGAAAAGCCGCUUUGGACGAGGUUUUGAUUGGCGGUGGCGGCGGUGAAGAUAUGGAGGAGGUGGAAGAAGAGUUCGGCGAUGGCGAAAACCAAAGAGCAAACGGAGGUCAGAAGACAAAGAAAAAGAAGAACGAAGCAGAGCGCAUCACCGCGCUCUUACAGAAAGGUUUGCAGUUUGCCCGCAUGGGAGAAAACGCCAACGAAGAAUCAAAAAAGUUUGAAGACGAAGACAUCGAUACUAUUUUGAGCAAGCGCGCGGAUGUGAAAGCCAUUGGUACGAAGAAAGGAAAUGCGUUUUCCACGUUCACUUUUGACGCGAGAGAAGAGGAAGACAAAAAGAAGUUUGGCGACGACAUCGACCCUGCGGAAUAUUGGAAGACAAUGUUCCCAGACGCCGCGAGAAAGGCGGAAGAAGAGAAGAAGAAUCGUGGUUUUAUCGACGAACGACUCAUCGUAACCGGAAGAAGAAACCGCGUGAACAACUUUGGUGAUAAUUUGAAUCUAAGCUUGCUGGAAGGUGGACGAACGAGAGGACGAGAGGAACGAGAUGUUUCUUACAAACCGUCAAAAAGAGAAGGGAGAGAGCAGAAGGGAGAGAGCAAAAUGUGCUGGACGCACCGAGAGAUUAAAAUCGUGUACGACUCCAUGUUUGCGUACGGUUGCCCGUACGAAGAUACAAGACGUGCCAUUCUCUCGCGCGAGGUAAAAGAGAGCAUCGUCGCAUCCUCUGGACGCUCAGAGCAAGAGAUCAAAGCCGUCGCCCGGUCGUUGCUCGGCAUUUUUGACGUUCUGCGCAAAGAUUGCAGCGUCACGGCGCAGACUUUAGCCAAUACCGACUCUCUCUUUACGAAUGCUUUCCCGCGCUUCCUCGGUCUAUUCGUGGACGUGAAAAAGGCGUUCGAAAAUCGACGAAAUAGACUUGUCGAGCGGAAAUGUUUGGCGGAUUUGUUUGAAAAAACGCGCACGGAUGAAGAUUACGUUUGGAAGCCGGACGAGUUGCCGACGUUGAAAGAUGAAGGAGAAAUUAACGACGUUUCGAUGUUGACAGCGCAAACGUGGUACGACGAUAACUCUUUCUACGCGCCGCCUUCUUGGUCGGCCAAGCACGAUUUAGCUUUGUUGCGAGGAAGUUUGGAGAUUGGAUACUCGCCAUGGAACGCCUCGAAAGUUAACGAACAGCUUGAGGCUAUAUUUCACGAAAAACAGAUUGGAAGUAUUUGCGUAGAUGCCACUGUGGCUCACGAUGCUUCUCGUCAUUCUCCAUCUCAAUAUCCCCCAGGGUUACAUCCUCAGUUAUCUUCUCCUCCUCCUCCUCCUCCUCCUCCUCCUCCUCCUCCUCCUCCUCCUCCCACUACUACUACUACUACUACUACUACUCCAAUUGAGCUCGAGGAGUUCAAAAACUUCGCGAGAACGAGACUGCACUUUUUGCUCUCUCGAAUAUCUGGGUUAAAAACAACAAACACAAGAAAUGUGCAUUCAUCGUUUGGAGGGACAUCAAAUCUAGGUGCGGCUCAGAAACUCCAAUGGACGGAUGCGUUGAAGCAGAAGUUAUACAGUGCGCUCGAAGAGUUAAUGAGGAGGUACCAGCGCAUCGGCCCCAAGACCGUAUGCGACGAGAUGGGCGUACCGGAAGUGACGAGAGAUAACGUCGCGAGUUAUUUGCAAAGAGUGCGAAAGGACGAAGUGAAUCAAUCGGAUCUUUCUAUGAGGCUAUGGAAAUACGAAAAAGAGAUUUUUCCAACAGCUGAGCAUGUUGAAAAUUAUGGAAAGCAUACCGAACACCAGCUGCCCGCGACGCGACCGAGGCGCGCGGAAGAAGGUAUCAAAGAAGUUGCCAAAUUUCAAAGCGAGAACCUUUACGCGAUGGAAUUAAAACACGAACAUCAGCGACAAUAUCUCCUCAGAGCGCAAAACGCCGAAGUGCAAGAGAAAAUCGAUGCUGGCAUAUCAAACGAAUAUUUGCGACGCAUUCAAGACGUUCAUCGACAAAUCAUGCUCCGAUUAAUUCAACAACUCGACGCGGAAAAGGAGGGUUUCACGAAACGUUGUGAAGCACAGUUGAAGCGUUUAAAGAAGGAAAAGGAGGAGAAAAAACAUCUCAAGGAGGAGGAGGAGAAAGAACAUCCCAAGGAGGAGGAGGAGGAGGUGCGCAGAUUUGGCGACGACAACGAGGACGAAAGAAGGCGUGAACAUCCAGAGGUGAUUGAGCUCCUUAGCGACGACGACGAGUAA